UAGAAGCACGUUAAGUUGUAUUCUCUCGAUCCUGCAAAAUCUUUCUCUUUUUUAUCCAUUCCAACAAUAUUUAUCAUUUCUAUUUAAAAAGUCCACUUUUGUUGUCUUGAUCAUUUGUUUUUAUGGAGAACACAUUUGGAUUUAUAUCCACAAGAUUUGUCAAGUUUCUGAUAUUGGAUAUCAAAAUACAUUCUAUCUCGAUCCAAAGCCCAAUAAUAAUAUAUUAUAUUAAAAACAAAUUUGUUUACUUGAAUAGUAAUUCAAUAAUAAUUUGAAGUCUUCUUUCAACUCUUCUUCUUCUUCUUCAUUCCCCUGCCGCACACAUCUAAUGAAAGCCAUCUUCUUCCUCACAUCUCUGCUCAGAUGAAGGCCAUGAGAGGACAGGUGGGAGAUGCUACAGGGAAAUACCCUUCCAGUGAAGGGAAUGGGGAGGUGAACGGGAGGGAAGGCGGAAUUAUAAAACACAACAGAAAGUGCAGAGAUGUGAUUUUUUUGGUCAUCUUCAUUGCUUUCUGGGUCUCCAUGAUUGUCAAUUCAAGCUUCGGAUUUAACCAGGGAAACCCUUUGAGGUUAAGUUACGGUCUGGACUAUAAAGGCAACAUUUGUGGCGAUAAACACGCAGACCCAAACCUUCACGAGUUGGAUCUCAAAUAUUGGUUAAACCCGAAUGAGGUUUAUCAAACUAGUUCAAAGGACAGUGAUGCCAAGCUUGCAAAUGCCCGAAGCAUUUGCUUGUUGGACUGUCCUACCCCUUCAGAUGAUUCACUGAAUUGGGUAUGUGACUAUCCGGAGGGCGACCUUCGUCUCUCGGUUGAUGAUUGGGUUGAUAGAAAUUAUGACUAUUUUGCUGACCUCACUCCUGAACUAAGGAACACUUCCCUUCAGCUUCAGGGUCCUUGUUACCCUGUCAUAUUUCCUAGCAUUAAUGUUUAUUGGAGCUGUCAAUAUAUUGCCCGUGCAUCGAACGUGUCUUUGAGGCAUUGGAAGGAGAUGGGCGGGGUUGAGAUUUUUGAGGACAUUGCAAUAGAUAAAGCAAUUCAUAGGUUCAUCAACUCCCGAUCAUCCGUCUUUAAGAGAUAUGUUGCUGAUAUUGGGAAGUCAUGGCUUGUCUUGAUUGUUUGUGGAGGCCUUUUGCCAGUAUUCCUAUCUGUCGUCUGGCUUUUGAUGAUUCGGCACUUUGUCACCGCCAUGGCGUGGAUAACAGUUUUCUUGUUUAAUGCCAUCAUUAUAACUGUAACAAUGUUCUUCUAUUUAAAAGCUGGAUGGAUUGGAAAUGAUGCAAUCUCUCCAGUCAUUGGUGAACCGGAUCCAUAUUAUCAUGUGUCCGCAAGGGAACGAAGCCAUCUCCACAUUGCUGCUGUUACUAUGACUGCUGUUAUGGCCAUAUCUCUGUUAUCGUCUAUAGCAAUAGUGAGACGCAUCUUAAUGGCUUCAUCUGUUCUCAAGGUUGCUGCUAAAGUCAUUGGAGAAGUACAUGCCCUAAUUAUAUUCCCCAUAAUCCCAUAUUCCAUCCUUGGGAUCUUUUACAUUCUCUGGUUUUCAGCUGCUCUCCAUCUCUUUAGUUCCGGGCGAAUUGUCCAGAACGACUGCAACACCAAUUGCUGUGCUUAUGACCUCAAAGCCAAAAAGGUUACGUGCGACCGGUGUUGUGGAUACACCAUCCAACCGAUGCCGCAUAGAACUGCUGCCGUUCUUUUUCACUUGUUUGGUUGCUAUUGGGCCACUCAGUUCUUUGUUGCGUUCUCGUCCACUAUCGUCGCGGGCUCUAUUGCUUCUUAUUAUUGGGCCCAAGGCGAAGGUGAAUCUUCGGUGGAGAUUCAAUUUCUACCGGUUUUCGCCUCAAUGAAACGGCUGAUACGUUACAACCUUGGGUCAGUUGCUAUUGGAUCUCUGGCAGUGUCCUUCAUUGAGCCCGUCCGUUCCAUUCUCGGAGCUCUUCGGCGAAAACUUAAAGGCUCUGAUUCUGCACCAGAAAACUUUAUUGGGAGGACGGCAUUCCAUGUGUCGAAGGGUUGCUUGAGAUGUGUUAGCUGGACCAUCAAAUCCGUGAACCGUAAUGCUUAUAUUAUGAUAGCUAUUACUGGGAAGAGCUUCUUCAAAGCAUCGGAGAUGGCAACAGAACUUAUUAUCAGUAACAUUCUGAGGAUAGGGAAAGUGAAUGUCAUCGGCGACAUAAUUCUCUUCCUAGGGAAGCUACUCGUGAGCCUUGCAAGCGCUCUGUUUGCCUUCCUCAUGUUGGAUGCUCACAAAUACAAGUCCACCAGUGAGAAGAUCUCCUCCCCACUUUUUCCCGUUCUGGUGUGUUGGGGCAUUGGAUAUGUUGUCGCAACCCUUUUCUUUUCGGUGGUUGAGAUGUCAAUUGACACAAUCAUCCUUUCUUUUUGCCAAGACUCGGAAGAGCACCAAGGGAACGCCCAAUUCGCCCCACCUCUUUUGAUGGAGACUUUUGAUAGCCAGAACGAGUUUCAGAGACUAACACAGUGAUCGUCUUGUAAAACCCCACACCCCCCAAAAUGUGUGUCGGUUUAGAGCGAAAGUGAUUCUUACUCAUGUUCUGUUUUGGCCCUUGUAGAUUAGACCAUGGAGACAGAUUGUAUGCAUUUCACUUUGGUCUGCAAUCCAUCCAUUCUUCUUCUUUUGACUUGGGUACUUUAACUGUAUAUAUAGCUUCAAGUCAUGACCU